AAAGAACACAACAGAAAAUCGAAACCCAAAUAUACAGCCGCUCUCUCUCUCUCUGUCCUUGUCUCGACGAGCACAGCAAGAGAAAGAAAAAAAAUUGGGAACGGUAAAGAAAAAUUUGUUGAUCCAUCCAUCGAACACCUUAAAUGGGUCCCAAAUUCCGACCCCAAAUCCUUCUUUUAUUUCUCUUUAGGCGCCACAAAGUUCGCUAUUUCUCAUCAAUUAUCCACAACAGAUAGCUUUUUGUUGAAACUGAGAGACGGCGAGAGCUCUGUCUUUUGCCUCCGCUUUUUCAUCCUUAGUGGAACAUGGCGAGCACACUGGAAAAACAGGGGUCUAAAGAGGAUGUUCUGUUCUUGGAAUUGCCUGCUCCUCCUGGUUGGAACAAAAAGUUUCUGCCCAAGUUAGAUGGAAUCACUAAGAAAAAUGAAAUCAUCUUCAUAGCUCCUACAGGAGAGGAGAUCCAUAACAAAAGGCAGCUGGAUCAGUAUUUGAAAUCACACCCAGGUAACCUAGCAUCUUCUGAGUUUGAUUGGGGUACUGGUGAAACACCUAGAAGAUCAGCUAGAAUUAGUGAGAAGGCAAAGGCAACUCCCCCCUCACCUCAUAUUGAACGGCCUAAGAAACGAACACGAAAACAAGCUCUUUUGAAGAAGUUUGAGGAUAAAGAGACGGUUGUUGUCCCAGACGGUUUUGAGGAGGCAGGAGUUCAUAAGGAAGAUGAGACCAAUGUCGAUAGCGAGGUGAAAGAAAUACAAGUGGAGGGAAAGUAUGAAAAUAGAAAACUAGAAGAUGAGAAGCUGAAAGCUGAAACCACCCCCACCCCUGCUGAAAUGGCUGAAGAGGGGCGGCAAAGUGAUGAUGACGAAUGCAAGAAGCUUGCUAAAACGAAGCAGGGAAGUGAGGGUUCUGAAGAUGCAAGAAAAGAAAAUCAAAAUUUGGAAGGAACAAAAGGGGAAUAGAAGGUUCAACUUCAAAAUGAUGCUAAGGAAUCCAUUCCAGAAGAAAUAACAACUGAAGUUCAAAGAAACAACCAAGACGAACUUAGUGUGCAGCAAAGAACAUGAUGAAAAGGUAAAAAAAUUGACACAAUUGGAAGUGGUGUGAUAAGAGUCUGUGAAAUUGAUUUACAUGUCUAGUUUGAACCGUUAUCGGAUUACCCGAUUCAUAUGCUGAGACAUAUCUAUGUAAUUAUCAUUUAUAGGAUAGUCAUUUGUAUCUAUCUGUAUGUACCAUCUUUGUAUAAACCUAUUAGUGUGCAACAAUUUUAUUGAAGUUGCUAACCUGAAA